CACCGCCCCCUGACCCGCGCGCGCCUUUUGCAGGGGAGGGGUAGGUUACCAUAGCUACGGUGCACACAGAAACUGGACCUCCCUAGCUGUCCCUGGCUGGCCCGAGGAAAGAGGCAGCACCAUGAGCCGCGUAGUGACCAUCGAGAAGUCCUCGACUGACCGUCAAUUAUCUCAGCAACUGUGUCGGGAGAAGUCGAGGGGCUACUUUUCCUCCAAUCGAACUUACGAUUUCCUUUAUGAUCCAUUGUUUAUUGUGUCAAGUGCAAAAGACCACACACAGGCAUAUAUUCAAGCCACCCUGAUUCGAAGCCGACUGAGAAAAGUUCCCAGAUUUAGAAGCAUGUUCAGUAACCUGAUUCAUUAUCCAAGAUAUUCUCAGUAUUGGAGCAAGUCCGAUCCUCUCCCACCAUUUAUCAGUCGAGAAUGGAGGGGACUUGAGAAGCAUAAAGAAGUCCUCUGGCAGCUUUCCACAAUGGGCACUUGUUUUCAGAUGCCUAAAGAAGUUUAUGAAAAUCCCGACGUUACUGGAAAGAAUCGCUAUAAAUACUUUGACAGGCCCUUCCUUCCCUUUUAUCAACAGAUGCCACUCAGUGUUGUUUUUGCAGCAACCAAGACAGAACCAUAUAUUUUUCCUCCUGUUCCUUCUAAGUACCCAGUCAUCCCUUCAAAAUCUACUGUGGGCACUCAGACUGACUAUAGGGAUGCUGAUGUUCAAACAGAUCCAUACUCUCCAGAAUAUGUAGUAUGCCAAGACACGAUCCCUGAGCUCUUAACCCUGGCUACUCUGACUUGGGGUCGAGGUCUCCCAGCAGGACAGGCUGAGGUGGAGAUGAUAGAACGAGCCAGGGAGAAGCGUGCUUGGGAGGCCACUCUUCCCCCUCUGGGUGACAUCCGCCAGUUUGAGAAGAGGAGGAAGAUGAUGAAUGUGAUGGAGAGGAAGGAGUGGGCCUUCAGAGAGCAGGAGAUUGAAAAACUGCAGGACUUUCGCCUGGAAGUUUUAAAAGAGCUGCUGAGGAGGCGUGAAGAGCGUCAAAAUGAACUGGACAUGAAGCACUUGAAUGCCCAGUGGAGUAAACUGCAGGAAGCAAAAGAAGCCAAACUGGCCCAAAUCCAUCGCACACAUAUAUCAACAAUCAGAAAGCUUGAAGGAAAGGGAAAGAAUAUAGAAGGGAAACUGAAAAAAAGAGAUAUCAUCAAGGAUUAUUCUGAUUAUGCAUCACAGGUCUAUGGACCUCUAUCUCGCCUUGGCCGUUUCCCAGACAACAACUCAGAGGACUUUGUAGUAAAAAACUACUAUCUCAACACCUAUGAAGGAUUAAUUGAACUUGAAUCAAGUCUUCCAGAUUUUGUGACACAACCGAGAAUCAGAACUCCAAAACCAAAAGUCGGUACCACUAAAUCUGGUUUUCUGAAGAGGGCAGCAAGACUGGACUAUGAGUUGGCAGAGGUUCAUAAGGCACUGUUGGAAAAGAAGAGCAAAGGUCUGGAACCAAAGAAACCUCUGCGCCUCCUUCAAAGAAACCCCAUACCUGAGCCUCGGCUUCCAACUCCAACCUUGGAAAUGAGUUCCAAUGAAGAAGAAGACAUAGAAAUGGCUGUGAUCUACCUUCAAAGCUUACUCCGGGGUAGAGUCGUUCAGAACAUGAUGUUUGAAGGAAAAGAAAAGCGACUGGAGUUGAUCCAGGAGCUGCGCACCAGCCACGCACUCCAAGAGGAUGAAAAACUGGUAAAGAAAGCCGAGAAGCAAGUGACCCUGGCCUUACAACGGCAGAGAAACUUGCACGAGCACAAGGUGUCACUGGUUGAAAACCAUUUGGCUGGGCUUGAAGGAAGGGCUCUAGCUGACAUGCUAGACUUCCUGUCCAAAGAGCUGGUGAGACUACAGGAAGAGAGGAGGAUCCAUGCCUUUGCCAUGUUGGCAGAGCGUCAGCGGAGGAUGCGAGAAGCCGAAGAGAGUGGUCGUCGCCAGGUGGAACAAAGGCGCCUGCGUGAGGAGGACGAGAUAUUUAAGGAGGUGGUUAAAGUUCAUCAAAGUACUGUAUCCUCAUAUCUGGAAGACAUAAUACUGAGUACUGAAGAGAAUACUGCAGAAGAACAGGCCAGAAAAGAAAUUGAGAAGAUGGCUGAGGAAAUCAGUGACAUUGCUUAUGAAAUGGAAAACCGUCGAACAUAUCUUCAGUCAGAGGAGAUUGUUGCCGAGUUGGUUUAUAGUUUUUUGAUUCCAGAAGUGCAAAAAGAGUUUGUCAAAGAAAAAGUGAGGAAUGCACAGCGGAAACAUAUUCUUGCAGCCCAUCAGAUCAUCCAUCAGCACACAGAAGCCAUGGUCCAGCGGAAAUUUGUUGAGCGACCAAAAGAUGAGGUCUCAAAUGCUGACAAGUUACCCGAGGAAGGAACUCAAAAUAAGAACAGCAGCUAAGGUUAUGAUUUAAAAAAAAAUUAAAAGGAAGCUGUAUAAAUCAUCUAGAGAAUUCCAGCAUCUGUGCUUCUCCCAAGGUGUACAGUUCUCGUGGGCUUGUCAACAUGUGAUUCCUGAGGAAAAAGAUUUAUUUUUCUUAAACUCCCAAUAAUUUAAAAUAAUUCUCAGUAACAAUAAUCAAGUGGAAGCGCUUUGUUCUCUUUGCUGCUUUUCUAGAUGUUCUACUUGAAGAGAAAAUUGUCUCAUUUUCACAUUUUACUCUGAUAAUCUCCUGGAUUGUUGAAUCAAACCAAAAGAAAUGUUGCUGAAUUUUUCUCAAGUAGUUUUGGUUUGCCAUGCGUAGGACAACUGGCAUUAUAUACUGAGGUUGAAAAUGUUCAUCACCCCAUCACCCAGCACUUCUCCUAUUUAAAUAUACAACAGAAGACACGACAAGAAUGUUCACAGAGGCACUGUUCAUCACAGUCCCCAAACGUGAAGCCCACGUGUCCAUCUCUACUGGAAUGAAAAAAUAAAUGUUGAUGAGUUUAUACAACGGCACAUCAACCCACCAUGGAACUUUAGAUCUAACGCAUACAUUCACGCUGUGCCCAUAGAGAGGGUGCUGCUGGAGGGCAGUCUUCCCAUCCUUGACAAGCAUCAGAGUUGAUUGGCUCCCUCUUCACUCCAACAUUGGCAAAUAGGAAAAACAAUACAAGAACCAAAGCAUCAACAACAAAAUCAACAGGAGCCUGUGUAGAGACUUUCCAAAGGACAACAUAGAAGAUAGAAUAAGUCUGUCUUACAAAACAUAUUUCUGUAAGAAGCAAGAGAAGUUGAAAAACAUUUCCUUGGUGUUUUUAGCAGGUGCCUAAAAGAAUUGGCUCUCUUGGUGACAGAAGCAGGGAAUAAUAAAAACCACGAAGGAAAAACAUGGGUGGCGGCAGAAAAGGAAAGAAAGAGAGAUGAGAAAGAAGAAAAAACAUGCAGAAAGUCUUUAAAAAGUCCAAUGACAAAAUCUAUGUUCAUUUGAAUGUAGUUAAAAGAACAGAAGUAUCACAACAGAGAAUAAAACUGGUAAUAUCGUUGACAAAUUUAUUAAAUCGUCCAAUAUGGUAUGGGAAGGAAAGGGCCAAUGACAAAAAGGUUAGCCCCAGAUGACCAAUCCCACGAGCAGUAGAAAUUCUGAAAAAGAAAUCAGAAGAAAUAAAAUAGGAGCAAUAAGAAAAGUUGAAUAAAAACGUUUCUGAACUAAAAUACAUGUCGAUAUAAAAUUUAAAGACUUUAUCUUGUCCUAGGAAAACUAGGACCUGGGCAAUUUUUUUACUACACCAGUAAGGAAGCAACUGAUGUUUUGUUCCUUAAAAAAAAAAAAAUCUGAUCUAAACUAAGUACAGGUGAUAUUAAUUCAGUUUUGAAAAAAAAAUGUCACGAACACAAAAUGAGAAUUGGGUUAGAGCUUUUGAGGUAGAAUGUGGGAGGGGAUCCUAUAGAGAAAGAAUGGCAGACCUUCUAUAAAGGGCCAGAUUAACUAUUUCAGCCUUUGCAGCUAAAAAUGAUCUCCAGUGCAGCUACUCAACUCUGCUAUGUUAGGGCGUAAGCAGCAACAGAUGGCAUAAAUGAAUGAGCACCACUUGUGUUCCAGUAAAAUUUUAUUUUCAAAAUCAGCAGACUAGAUUUGGCUCAUGGGCUAAAGUUUGCCUAUCCCCACUAUAUAGUGACAAAUUGAAGUUUAAAAAUCAAUAAACUCUUUGAAAAAGGAUUUAAAGUGGCUCCUUUUAAAGGAUAUAAAUAAUGAAACUUCAAAUAUGUCCUAAAAACAAAACCUUUAUCCUUCCUUAGUUUUCUACAACUGAGUUUUGUAUUUAAACAGCCAAAGCAAAAAGGAAAUGUAGUGUUGCCAGAGUCCUAGGCCAGGGGGAAUGACACUUCAGUGAGGCCCAGUGUACCAGGUCCAGCUACUUGUCCCAAAUAUCAAGUGGGAAAAAGCAGUGGUGAAGUAGGUAGCUAUACCAGAAAGACAAGGGACACCAAGUAUCCUCAGCCUCAUCUUUGGGUUACUGACAUAAGCUUCUGGUUUAAAUGGGAAGAAUUGGGGCAGGGGUAAAAGUUAUACACAAUUAAGCCCCCUUGAUGAAACUGUGGCCUUGUUGAUCAUUAUCUCAGUUCCUGGUUCUAUGAAAAGUCUAUCACUUGAAAGGGCCACCCAGUUUCCAUAGUGAAAUGAUUGCUUCUGUUUAGAGGAACAAUCUCUGCUCCCAUCAUGGGGUAAUGGAUCCUGCGAAGGGGUGCAGUCUCAUGGUGGAGUGAUGUACCUGCAAGGCUCACUGUUCUUGGCAGGUUUAAGACAAUGACAGAAGACUUCUAGAUACCACUCCAGGCUUCUGGAACAGGACAUUGUAAAAGCUGACAGUUGACAAUCUGUGGAAUAUGAUGUCUCUGCAAAUCUUGAAAAUACCUUAGUUACUCUUAUCUUAGUGCCUUCAGCCUUGAAGAGGGACUAGAGUGGUUAGGUAAAUUUAGGGUUAAUCAACCUUGAAUUACAAGUUUUUAGACAGACACUCCUUAAAUGAUUAACCAUGCCUAUGUGCAGAGUUGAGCAGGUCUGACCCAAAGUUUAAGGCAGCAAAAGCAGACACAAUACAAAAAGGCCAGGAUGCCAAGUUUUUAUCCUGCUUUUAGUUACCCAUUGGGCAUCUGCAGGCUCAGAGUCUGAGCUUUUAGCAAAAGCA